GGUUCUAACAAGCAGUGUGGUUAUUUGGACAAGAGAAAAGGAGUGCCCUUCUUCUUGAAGGUUGUCGGGGCCAAGGUGGUGACCAAUGCCCGCAGUCCUGGGGCUCGGUGUUACGGGUUUGUCACCAUGGCGACAUCUGAUGAGGCGACCAAGUGUAUCAACCACCUGCACAGAACCGAGCUGCACGGACGGAUGAUCUCUGUGGAGAAGGCCAAGAACGAACCUGCUGGGAAGAAGCUGUCAGACAGAAAGGAGUGUGAAGUGAAGAAGGAAAAGUUACUGAGUGCCGAUAGGCAUCACCCCGUGGAGAUCAAAGUGGAGAAAACCAUGAUCAAGAAGGAAGAGAAGAUGGAGAAAAAGGAGGAAAAGAAGCCUGAAGACAUUAAAAAGGAAGAAAACGAUCAAGAUGAGCUGAAACCAGGACCUACAACUCCAUCUAAAGUCACCAAAUCAGGAACCCGAGGAGCAGAGCGGACAGUCGUGAUGGACAGAUCAAAAGGCGAGCCCGUCAUCAGCGUGAAAACCACCAGCAGAUCAAAAGAGAGAAGCUCGAAGAGUCAGGAUCGAAAAUCAGAAAGCAAAGAGAAGAGAGACAUCCUCUCAUUUGACAAAAUCAAAGAGCAGAGGGAGAGAGAGCGGCAGCGGCAAAGGGAGCGAGAGAUCCGGGAAACAGAGAGGCGGCGGGAGCGGGAGCAGCGGGAGCGCGAGCAGCGGCUGGAGGCCUUCCACGAGCGCAAGGAGAAGGCACGGCUGCAGCGGGAGCGGUUACAGCUGGAGUGCCAGCGGCAGCGGCUGGAGCGGGAGCGCAUGGAGCGCGAGCGGCUGGAGCGCGAGCGCAUGCGCGUGGAGCGGGAGCGCCGCAAGGAGCAGGAGCGCAUCCACCGCGAGCGGGAGGAGCUGCGGCGUCAGCAGGAACAACUGCGUGCUGCCGAGCAGGAGCGCCGUGCGCUGCGGAGGCCCUGCGAUCUGGAUGCGCGAAGAGAUGACGCCUAUUGGCGGGAAGGAAAACGCAUGGCCAUGGAAGACAGGUACCACGCCGGCUUCUCAAGGCCAGAUCACCGCUUCCACGACUUCGACCAUUGUGACCGGGGCCAGUACGAGGACCACACUGCCGACAGGAGAGAUGGGGCGAGGCUGGUGAUGGGCGAGCACGACGGGCAGCACUACUCAGAUGAGCGCCACAGCCACAGCGGACCAGAGCGCCAUGGUCGGGACUCCCGGGAUGGCUGGGGGAGCUACAGCUCUGACAAGAGAAUGAGCGAAGGCCGAGGGCCGCCCCCACCCCCUAGGGGUGGACGAGACUGGAUGGAGCACAGUCCACGGCUGGAGGAGCACCAGGUCCGUGCCUGGCAGGGCACCAUGGAGGCGGGUGCAGUGGGCCGGGAGCACACAAGGUGGCAAGGCGCUGAGCGGGGCCUGUCUGGGCCCGCAGGGCCGGGGCAGGGGCACGCAGCUGCGAGUCGGGGUGGUGUGGCCGGGCGAGGCGGCUUUGCACAAGGUGGACAUUCCCAGGGCCACGUGUUGCCUGGUGGUGGACCGGAAGGUGGCGGAGUGGCCAGCCAGGAUCGGGGCAGCAGAGUCCCCCACCCCCACCCCCACCCCCACCCCACCCAUAUCCUCACUUCACUCGACGCUACUAACUCCACACUGCGCUUUCAGGUAGGCAGAGGUGCUGCUGAGUCUGUUAGCGAGUGAUCUUAAACUUGUGCAGUCUUUAAACACAAGCAAAUUCUGCCACCGCUUUGUAGCUCAAUACAGUGUGAACUCACUUCUGUGUUUUAUUCUUAAUAAAUGUGUUCCUGUUCUGUUUUUUUAAGAUGAGGUUUCUGUUAAUGAGGCAUUCCAUUUCCCAUUAAUAAAAGUUUACAGUUCGCACUCAGGCGUGCGUGCGUGCCUACCGCUGCCCAGCAGACAGCAACGCCGGCCCCUUGCUAGCCUUGUCCCGUGUCCCAUGCUGGCUGCUGGCUCUGCCCUGCGCCAGUCAUCUCCCUUGUGUUGUCUGUAUUCUCAGAACUGCCCUAUGAAGUGUGCAGAUGAGGAAACUGAUCCUUACUAGUUGGGAUUUUUGCUCCAGGUUGCGAUCUCCUGGUGGCAGAGCUAGGACAGGACGGGGAACUGGUCAUGGGAAGGGAGUGCGCUGUAGGUGUGCACAGGCCUGUCUCCAUCUGUGAUGCCGGAGCUGAGGGGCGUAUGACAGAGGUACAGUGCCUGAUGUCUGGCGGGGGGCUGUGUGCCUGGCUCUCCAGUGCCCCCCACCCUUCGUCCUCCCGCAGACCCAGCCCAGUCACUGUGGCCAGGUGUGGGCUUUUGAGAACAUGAGCCCUGUGAAUAGGGUCCAUUGUGAUUUCAUUGUUGUCUCUGAAGUUCUGCAAAACAAAACGUACAACAUGAGCAGAGACUGGCAAGGCAUACCACUGUCUUGGGGGCCACAGCUCCUGCAAGGCAUAGCACCCUUGCAAUUUAGAGGGUGCCGGGAGGGUGAGCACCAAGCCUAGCUUGGGUGAAAGAAGUCCGCCUAGACCUGUGAGGAUGGAGGGCCUAGGUGGCCGCCAUCAGUGAUGAGUCCAGGGCGCUGUGGGAAGCGUUAGUCUGCCCGCAGUCCUAGGCUCCCCCCGCCCUUGCCCUCGCCCCUCUGUAUGUAGGGCAGCGGCAGCGCCUAUACCUGCCGGCCCCUGCGUUCUCGCUGAGUAUUUAGCUGUCACAGCAGCCUGGUGCCUCCCCAGCUCAUGCAAAGCCAGCAUGGAGGGCAGAGCCGCCCCAGCCCUCUGCAUCCUGGCUGAGCUACACACUUCAA